AUUGUAGAUAUAUAAGAAUAUCAAGUUAUAUCCACAUAUUAACAAAAUUAGCAAAAACUAGUUAUUGAUAUACAAUAAACUGUCAAGCGAAAUCUAGUGCCAUUAAAUUUUAGAACACCCGUAGAAUGGUUUGAAUUACAAAGCGUAAUUUAAAUAUCAUAUUUUUAUUUUAUCAUUAAUCUCAAUUUGUUUUUAAAACACGAGUGAAGUACCGAAGAGACUGUUUCUAGAUAAAUAUACGCUGAAUAAUCGUAGAUACAGUUUCGUAUACCAGUCUUGACCUUCAGUAUAAACGUACUGCUUAUCUUAGAGUGACUAAUUUUUUAUAAAUUGCAAGUGAAUAUCACGUCAUGUUAGUGUUAGAGAAUUUUGUCAAGGACUUGUUACGAGAGAAAAUCAUCGUUAAUUACCAAGCUGACCGAAAUAGAGUUCGAGAAUUUUACAACCAAAAAUAUAGAGGAUUAGGAGAAUGUUGUUUUUACGACUUCAACUGGAAAUUGUGGGAAAAGUGGUAUAUCAGCUCAUUUACCAAGAAAAUAAUAUAUUUUGACCAGAGAUGGAUUGAUCAUUUUGCUGCAGAAGUGGGUGGUAAUCGUGUAAAUUCAAAACCAUUUCAAGAAGAAGCGUACGUCGAUGGAAUAAAAUGUCACAUUUGUAACAUAGUCUUUACAGAACGUAUUUCUCGUAAAACGCAUCUAAAAUCACUACCUCAUCAAAUUCGGACCCAAUAUUUGAAAGAUCCACAAUCAUUUCUCACUUAUAAUAAGGUUGUUGAUUGUGAGUUAGUAUUACACAAUACUACCAAUAGAGAUGAACCACUAAAAUUGGAGGUACCAACUAAAACUGAUAUAAACGCUUGCCUUCGCAUACAAAAUGCUUCAUCAAAUGUUAUUAAUAUUAUGGAUAUAAUUGAAGUGAAUUCUCUUAUACCGGAUAUCACAGUCGAAGCCAAAUUUGAUCAUGGAGUACUUUUGAAACAAAACGAUUUAGCUGAAAUAGAUAUUCGCGCAUAUUUUGAGCAUAGUGUAUAUUUUUUGUAUCCCAUUGUCAUCGUAACCUCUGCUGUAGAAAGUAAUGAAAAUAUUUUCAAUAUAGCACUUCUUGAUAUCGCAGUAAGAUCAGAAUUUUCAGAUCUACAUUCGAAAUCAAAAUAUGUCAGUAAUAUUCCGAAAGUACUCUCAUCAGUUUAUGAAAUGGUUGACGAUAUUAUACCAGGAAGACAACCACCUCCAUAUAUGUCCUUCUACAAAGAAAAGUUGAAACUAAAGAAUUAUGGGAUUCCCCCAGAACUAGAUGAGAAAUUCAAAGCAUUGGCUAACGUCCAUCCACAAUUUAUAGUCAGAGAUACUACUGCAGGAGAAAUUCCAUUUGAACUUUUUUGUUCUAUACUUCAAAUUCAAUAUCCAAUUAAUAACAAAGAGAAUUAUCAUUCUAAUUUGGAAAUGUUGUUACAUGUUGAGGAGAAUCAACUGAAAGUGGAUAUUAGAGACUACGACAUGCAGGCUGCAUUAAAAGAGGUUAAAGAUAGUGCUAGAUUGUACAGCUUGGAGGUUCCUGGAUUAGCAGAGGCCAGACCCUCUCUAUUGCGUGGUGAUAAAGUAUACUUGAAGGAGCAAAAGAAUUCUCCAAUAAAAUUUGAAGGAAUUGUUCAUCAAGUCGUAGAAACACAGGUUUACUUAGGCUUGAAUAGCAGAUUCGAUAAAAUUUUUUUGCCAAAAAAGAAGUUUUAUAUACAAUUUAGUUUCAACAGAAGAACGAUUAGAGUUGAAAAGCAAGCAUUGAACUUAGCAUUGCAACAUAAUAUUAUACCAAGUUUGUACCCGGAAUAUAUUGAAAUGACCAUAUUGUCGGCCGUACCCAAACAAAUAAACUUCUCCAACCGACAGUUGAAUGAAGAGCAAAGAAUCAUAGUUCAAAAUAUCAUGAUACCUAAAAAUAUCCCUUAUAUAAUAUUUGGGCCACCUGGUACGGGAAAAACUGUAACAAUUGUUGAAUCUGUAUACCAGCUCUGGAAAAAUUAUCCUAAUUGUAGAAUAUUGAUAUGUGCACCUUCCAAUGCAGCGACUAAUGAAGUAGCAAGUAGAUUAAUUGACACAAUGCCAAAAAGUGAUAUGUUCAGAUUACUUGGAAGUGCAUAUGCUACCGAAAUCAAUCAAAGAGUUGAUCUUGGAGAUAUUGUUAAUAUUCAACGAGAUGGUGAGUUUUACAUGCCCUCCUUGGACCAAUUACUAAAAUAUCGAGUCGUGAUGACAACCAUUGUUACAGCUGCUAGACUCGUUAAUGGAGGAGUUCCGAAUGGUCACUUUACACACGUAUUCAUUGAUGAAAGUGGAUACGCAACUGAAACACAAACACUUAUACCUAUAGCAGGAAUUUUAUCAAACGUUGAUAAUAAAGGAGAGUUAACAGGGCAAAUUAUUCUCGCUGGGGAUCAUAGACAGUUAGGACCCAUUAUCCAUUCCUCUUUUGCAAAACAUUGUGGAUACGGAACUUCAUUGCUAGAAAGACUUAUCACAACGUCUAAAUUAUAUUCAAGAAAUACAUCAAAAAACUCAUACGAUAGCAAGUGCGUUAGUAAACUUGUCAAAAACUACAGAUCACAUGAAACAAUAUUGAAACUUCCAAAUGAGUUAUUUUAUGAUAAAGAGCUCAUAGCCGUUGGAAACGAUAUCACGAAUUUAUUUAUCGGCUGGAAAACUUUGAAAAAUGUAGACUUCCCCAUUAUUUUCCACCAUGUUGAAGGAGUAGAUCAAAGAGAUGAGACCUCUCCUAGUUUUUUCAACAUACAGGAGGUAGAGCAAGUGAUAGAAUAUCUUUCAAAAUUAUUUUCAUCCAAAGUAAAAGGUAUGAAGAUAACUGAAAAGCAUGUUGGUGUAAUAACACCUUACAGGAAACAAGUGAGUAUUAAAUUGUCAUUUUUAUUAAACACUUUAUGGAAACAACAUAUCAGCUGGAGACACUCAUAGAAAAAUUCACAUAUAAAAUUUAAACACAAAGUCCAUUCAAUUCAAAUAAAAGUAAAUCCAAAAAAUUUUCCAAUAUACAACGUAAUCAGUGGUAGGAUUGCAAGAAGUUUCUAAAAAAUAUUUGAUGCAUCUGUAUAAUGCUGUUCUAAACAGAUAGCUCAAGUUAUACUGAUGCCAAUGACGGGAAAACCACUCUUAGAACUAAUAAAUAAAUAACUGGCCACAAGUUUGACUCAAGAUCAUAGCACAGUACCCUGGAAAAAAUGCACAGGCCUUUGGGAAGUUCUGGCGUAAUGGUUUACUUUAUCAAAUCAGAAAAAACCUUUCACAUAACUAGUUCCUUUUCUCCGAAAAAUACUAUCUACAAGACCGACACUUCCAAGUAAAAUUUGUAGAACAAACUUCACAUUAAUUUCAUGAAGAGAAAGAGCACUGUCACAUUCGACUAUUAUUUCUUACAAAAACAAGAGCACCCCAA